GAGACCCUAACGUCAAAAUAUCAAGCUACCUUUUAGAUAUUUUUUUAAACUCUUGUGUUUGUGUGGGUAUAUAUAAAGCUCGGCUCGUUCUUGCCUCUCCCCACAACCAAUAUUUUCUCUUCUUUUUCGAAAAAAAUUGUCAGUUUAUUAAACAGAUCGUUCAAGGGUGGUGAUGGGUAACGGGGAUUUAUCGUCAUCGGCGACAUCGAAAUUUCGAAGCAAUGUUAAGAACGAGGGGAGUAGUAAAGUUUGGACGAAUGAGAGACACGUGGAUUAUUUGAACUCGAUGGAAGCUUCGUUUGUUCGAUCCAUGCUUAAUUCGCUUCCUAAGAAUCGUGAUGUACCGGAUGGUUCGGAUUCGACUCUUGAUCAUCGGACUACACCUCGCGCCAGAAGAUACUCUACCUCCGGUACUAAUAUAACCUCCUCUCGUAUUCAUAUUUUGGAGUCAACAAGAGUUAAAAGUGACAAGAGAACACGAAGAUUGCGCCCUUGCAAUGCUCCAACUCAAGAUCAGGUUGUUCCACAGUACGAAGGCAGACGAGAGAAUGAUGCUCCUAAUGAAGAGAAAGAGCACCAACUCAAUGCAGCUCCAGCUACUUAAUUACUUAUUUAUUUGUUAAUCCACAAUUUGGUUUUAGAUGAUAGUAGCAGAUUGGUGAUUAUGAUUAUUAGCAUCUUACUAAUGAAUUAUGAAUGGUUUAUAUUGAAUCAUGCAUGUGCUUUCGGAUCUACUAUUUGUAUCUUCGAAAUGAAAAAUCAAAGAAUAUUUCUCUUUUCAUUUUAA